AUGCUCAACGCAGCCGACCUCACCCUCCGCCUGCACCGCCUAACAAAACACACAAACAUCUCAGCAGACCUCGACAAACGCUUCUCAGACCCCGGCCCUGAAUUUGAUCCGAGAAUCCAUGUUCUCCCGAAAUGGGAGGAACUUAGUAUGGAUACCGUUGAUGUGGAGUUGGAGUUUGUGAGGGAGAAGUGGAAUGGGCGGUUGGAGCAGUGGGAUUGGGAGAGGGUUAGGGAGUGGAGUGUGGAUGUUGGGAGGGCGUUGGAGGAGGUUUGUGACGAUGGAUCUACGGAGACGCGGAAUACCGGCGAGGGGGAUACCCAGCAGACUGAUAGCACGACAGAGCAGCACGGCGCCGAUGAAACGAACAAACAGUCUCUGCCAAAAGUUGACACCACGAACAAGCAUGACCGAUCAGAAUCAGAUGGCGACGUGCCUGUCAAACGUCGUCGUAGCGAGCCUCAAGCUGCUACUGAGCAUUGA